ACUGUUUCAAGCGUCUUGCUGAUAUGAGCGGCUUCAUUUGAACGUUGAGCCAGAAUCAGAAUGAAAACAUGCCGCGUUUGUCCAAUCAAAGUGCAAGCCAUGCUAAGAAAACUGGAGCGACCAAGAGAAAAUCUAGACCUGGAAAAUCUCCCAAACCUAAAACGGCAUCCCCUAGAAGAAAAUCCAUGAGAUAUCGCCCAGGAACAAGAGCCUUGAUGGAAAUUCGUCGAUAUCAAAAGACAACUGAUUUAUUGCUUCGCAAACUUCCUUUUUCUCGAGUGGUAAGAGAAAUAGUACAAAACAAACAUCCUGGUUUAGCCUUGAGAUGGGAAGCAACAGCCAUCAUGGCUCUUCAGGAGGCUGCUGAGGCCUACCUGGUGCAUCUGUUUGAGGACGCCAACUUGUGUGCAAUACAUGCCAAGCGAGUCACAGUGAUGCCUAAAGAUAUCUGGCUUGCUAGGAAGAUUCGGGGAGCGUCUGAUUAACACUAAAGAUAUAGGUUUUAAAAGAAAUUUCAAACAUGGCUCAUGUGACAUCAGAGGAGAUCGGACAUGUUACUAGAUGUACAGUGUGCAUAGGUUUUGUUUAGAAUACAUGACCUUCAAUGAAAUAGUCCUACAGUAUUAUCACAAGAGAGGUUGGUCAAUGAUAUUAGUGAGAUACACCUCUGUGGCAUGACCUUCAAUGAAAUUGUUGUGUGGUCUGACCUCGUUGACCUUCAGUGAGAUAGUUCUUUGGUCUGACCUUCAGUGAGAUAGUUCUUUAGUCUGACCUGGUUGACCUUCAGCAAGAUUGUUUUUUGGUCUGACCUACAGUGAGAUUGUUGUGGUCUGACCUGGUUGACUUUCAUUGAGAAAGUUCUGUGGUCUGACCUGGUUGACCUUCAGUGAGAUUGUUUUGUGGUCUGACCCGGUUGACUUUCGGUGAGUAAGAAAGUUCUUUGGUCUGACCUUCGAUGAGAAAGUUCUGUUGUUUGACCUUCAAUGAGAAAGUUCUGUUGUCUGACCUUCAGUAAGGUUGUUCUGUGGUCUGACCUUCUGUGAGAUUGUUCUGUGGUGAGCUGACCUUCAGUGGUUGGACUUGCAGCAGAUACAUGUCUAUAAUCUGACCUGGUUGACAUUUAGCGAUAUUGUAGUUGUUGAACUUUGGCAACACUUUUCAGACUUAUUUUACCUUAUUGGAUUGACUCAGGAUUAGUGUACUUUAUUCAUCAAUAAAUUUUAUUCACUUUCUGAGCUUAACAAUGAAGUUACAGCAGAAGUAUUGACAUAUGACUCAUAUAGGGCAUUCCACAGUGAUCAAAAAGAUUAGAGGGAAAUUCAUCAUCCAUGGGUUAGCUAUUGAGGAUUAAGGUUAUCCAUGAGCAAUUCUAAUGUGGAUUCUGUUUUCAAUAACAGAUUAAGGCAUCCAGUUGACCCUUGAUUAUAAAUCAGAUACUUUGUAUUCAAGUAUGAGAGCAAAAGACAGGGUUAGCUGGAAGGGUGUGUAAAGGUGCACUUAUUAGCUAAUGCCUAUGUGAGCUUGUAAACUGUUGUGACAAGUGACUCUAGAUAUUAUUUUUUUGUACAUAGUAGUAUAGUUUGUAUAUAUAUAUAUAUGAGGAAAAAGACUAUUUUGUCUAAUAUCUUUUUUAAAUUGCUUGGAAUUAUCUUAUUUUAAAGAAUAAAAUGAAUUUAAAGAACAAAUU